CUUCUAAUCUGCGGGGAAGAGAUGACUUUUUGAGAUAAUCAGUUAUACUGUAACCUUAACCCUAAUAAACCCCAACCCCAGACAAAAGGUAUACUACGCACGGUCCUCCCCUCUCCAACUACUCCAACAUUACCUUGAAGAUGGACACUACGGAUCUCGAGACAUAUCAAGUUCAGCUCUCUCAGGUCGAGCUCGCACUCCAAACAGAUACUGAAAAUGCCGGACUCCUCUCCCUCCGUUCGGAACUACAAGAACUUAUCUCUCUCACCCAACAGUCGCUUGCCCAAGCCGCUUCCUCAUCACGUACAGAUUCUGUGCGUAAAACAGCAAACUCAACACCUUCACACACAUGGACUGCAGGAAGCGACUGUCUUGCCAAAUACUCGGGUGAUGGCAAUUGGUAUCCUGCACGCAUUACCAGCGUCGGUGGCUCCGCAGAGAACCCUGUAUACAGCAUCAUGUUCAAAGGCUACAAUACGACGGAAUUGAUAAAAGGAUCAGAAAUCAAGGCACUACCAGCAAAUCACCAGGAGAAAGUAUCAGCGCCGAGCAAAAGAAAGCUAACCAAAGCAGAGGACGAGGAGAGGGAUCGGAAGAAGAAGCGCAACGAGAAAAAACUCGAGGUCAAAGCUGCAAAAGCCAAGGAGCAACUCGCAAAACAGGCGACGUGGCAGAAGUUUGCUAAGAAGUCUGAGAAGAAGGGCGUCCAUAUUGCCGGUGUGGCAGGCACCAGCAUCUUCAAGACGCCCGACAACCCAUUAGGCCGUGUCGGCGUUACCGGCAGCGGAAAAGGGAUGACGGAAGUGGCGAUUCGAGGCAAGCAUAAAUUUGCUCCAACCGACGAACCAAAUGCGUAGAUGGCGCAGUUAGGGUCCUCUCCUCCAUAAGUAUCUCGAAGUUGACGUCGUCUUAUCAAACUAUACUAGAUGCCCGUUGAUGAUUCUGUGUUUCCCGUCAAUAGCAGGUUUCGCGGGCAGAGACUGGUGUCAAUGACGCUUGCAAGUAUUGAUACCGAUAAUCUAUAUAGACUUCGUUGCUGUCGGCACUUGCGAAGCCGAUG